CAAAAUUGGAGUGCAUUUGUCAAUUCCCAAAAAAACCCCAAUCGUUUUGUUCUUCCUAGUUCGUCGGCGCCGACGCGCCGUCCUCCGAUUCUUCCACUUUUUGCAGCCGCAGCUUAGCAGGUCCAGGUCCUCAGAGUACUAAGGGGAUGGAGAGGAUGACUUCAACGGAUAUAAUGGAUCAGGAUGAAUGUGCAAAUGAUGUUAGAGCAACUAAGAAUGACGAAGUAGAUGAGAACGAGAAUGAGCCGUGGUACGAAGACGACGGAUCAUCAUCUGGCAAUCCUUUUGGAGCAGCGGACAAUCCAUCGGAUUUGGACAGGGAGUGGCAGAGGUUGCAUGACCAAUUCCAUACGAUGGGAUAUCGUGAUGGUCUUAUAGCAGGAAAGGAAUCUUCUGCUCAAAAAGGGUUUAAUGCUGGUUUUAUAGAAUCAGUAUAUGUUGGAUACAACUGGGGUGUACUCAAAGGCGUAAUCGGGGCUUUGGGUUGCCUUCCCCGUGAAUUGCAAGAGAGGAUGAUAACAGAGGAAAGUAGAAUGAAGUUCAACAAGCUUCAAGAAUCUCUGCAGUCCGUUUCUACAGUGGAGGAUGCGUUGAGGAUGUUUGGUGAAUCACUGUCAAACAGAUCGUUACCCGAACCAACCGUUGAAUCUUCGCAAGACCGAAUAUCUAAAGAUUGUUUCCAAAAUUACCAAUGUGAGUUCGAAUCGCUUAUGCGUGAAUUGCCUGCUGUGAUAUUGCACUCAGAUGCAAGCUAGUAUUACUUGUGUUGUGUUUUUGCCCUUUUUGUGAAAUAUUUCUGCUGCUUGUAAAGCAAGUGUUUACACUCACAAGAAUAAUGCCCCCUUAUCUAUGAUCCCUACAGUGGCCAUGAAUUUUUGUACUCUUACUUUGCAUAUUUGACUUUACUUGGUCAACCUUUAUAAACUUUAACCUAAUUU